AUGGAUGAACCAGCGCACCACGUGCCGGAUCAAUCUGGAAACAGCAACGCCAACGGCAAUGACAACGACGGCGAUGGCCUAGGCCGAGGGCAACAGCACUCUGUCCUGACAGAUGCGAAUGACGACGGCGACGCGACAUCCGACGAUCCCGCUCCCGCCCUUGCUUCCCCGCAGGCGCAGGCACAGGCGCAGACGCAUGAGCCCGUCCUCGAAGCAAACAUGUACGCCUCCAUGUCUGGUGCGCUGCGGCAGGACGAUUGGGGGUACCCCGUCGUCGUCGCACCGGAGGAGGGGCAGGAGGAGGGGCAGGAGGAGGAGGAAGGGGGAAAGGGAGAGAAGCAAGCGCAAGCGCAAGCUCCGACGGCGGAGGCGCACGCUGAGCAGCGGCCGCAGGAACGCGACCACGACAUGCCGGAUAUCAGCGACGACCACGAAGAGUGGUGGAUGGCUAGUAGGGGCGUUAUGGAUGAGGAGGCACUACGAACGCUCGACCUUGCCGUCGGGGGACUUGCGCGUCUCGAACACGACGAUCUUCUCGAUGGCAGCAAUGGCAAAUACAACGAUAGUGAAGACGACGCAUUUGCGAAGGGUCACGAGACUGCCAACGCAGAGGGUGACGAUAUAGAGGAGCAGCGGGGAGCUGAGCAGCACGACGGGCAACACGCGUCGUCGGGAUCCAGCGCAGCAACACCAGCCCUCAUUGCGCAGCAGCUCAUAUCCGCACACGACUCCGGUGCAGAGACGCCGAGAUCAGACGCACCGGACGCACCGGACGACACGCUGCGUCGCAAACGCCGCACCGCAGCCGAAAUGCUCUCGGCAGCGGCAGACUCCAUCCUGCUCUCGGACGAGUACGCCGAUCGCUCCAAGCGACGUCGCAUCGGCACGUCCUCCUCGCCGCCCAAAGUCGACAUCAGCGAACGCCUCAUGGGCUCCGUAGUCGACGACGCCGAAGCCAACAAGCCACACCCGACCCUGGAGGUGCUCGUUCCCGACGGCAAGGCCGUAAAGGGGGAGUACAUGACGGUUCAGCUACCACCCGAGAAGAAGAGGCGUACGCGCAGACCCGGCCCCAAGCCCGGCAAGGCACGCAGGCGACCAUCCAAAGCUGAGCUGGCCAAGAUUGCAAAGGCUGAAGCCGCGCAGGUCGCGAAGGAGAAGGCGGCGCAGGCAAAGGCCGAGAAGCGGAAGAAGGAGGUGACGGAUGGAAGGGUCACAAAGGCAAAGGCCGCACCGUCCAAGGGCGAUGAAGCAGCGGCAGCAGCAGCCAAGAAGAACGACACGAGAUCCACACGUACGAGUACGAGGUCCGCAGCGCAAGAACAGAAGUCCGAGGUCAAGACGAGAGGUGUACGUGGAAGAUCACCUGUCAAGGUUAGCAAGGCUGGCAAGGCUGGUCAGUCUGCUGGUAAGUCUGCUGGUAAGGCUCCUGGCAAGACUGCAGCCGGGAUGAAGACCAAGGUCAAGUCUACUCCCGUGCCGAGGAGGAGAGGUGUACGAAUGGGAUGA